AUGUCCUCCAAACCCCCCAACCCCAAUCCCUCCACCGACACCAACACCCCCGCCCCUCCAACGCCCCACUACCCACCCCCCAUCUCCAUAUCCCCCUCCCUCACCCUCCAACCCCCCCUCACCCGCCGCGGCCACGGCCCAGGUCUAAUCCUCAUCCUGGACUACUACGCGCACAUCGAGAAGAGCGAGAGACACCUCGACCCGCCGCCGCUGCAGAAAUGGGCCGAGGAGGGGUUUUGCGUCGUGCAGAUCCUUGUGCCGGGGAAGACGGAGGAUGGGGGCGAGUUUCCGCUGCAGAGGGCUAUUGAUGUACUGGGGAGUUGUGGGGAGUGUGUGGAUAUAGGUGAGAAGGGGGGCGUGGGCGUGGUUUCAUACCUAACGCGAAUCCCCUUCUACAUCGCCUCAGCAACGCUCCUCCACCCCAAAGUCCGCGCCAUAGUCUCCCACACCCCCACCCCCUUCACAACACUAACCCCCUCCUCCACCCUGCCCCCACAACUCCUCCACGCCGCCGGCCCCCCGCCCCAAGACCGACAACCUUGUACCGAACCCCCCAUCUCCACAUCCCCCUGCCCCUCCCGCCCCCAAACUCCAACCAAAACCCCCAGCCCAACAACCACACACCGCUACCCCGACGCGCCCCCAGACUCCCCCUGGACACUCCCCGCCGACCCAGCAUACCACAAGCUCAGCGCGGGUAUCGCACAUGCACGCAGUCUAGCCUUCCUCAAGCGCGCGCUGGGGGGUCCGUAUUUCGACCUCGAAGCUGUGUGGGAGGAGCACUGUCGGUUUGAGUUUGCGGAGCGGGAUGUGGGGCGGACGAUGGGGACGAUGGUUGCGGAGCCGUAUGUUAAUCAUGUUCCGACUAUGACUGGAGGGAUAGGCCACGCCCCCCUAACCUCAUUCUACACCCACCACUUCAUCUUCAGCAACCCCCCGUCCACAACCCUCACCCUAAUCUCCCGCUCCGUCGGCCCAGACCGCGUAAUCGACGAAUUCAUCUUCAGCCUAACCCACACCACCGAAGUCCCCUGGCUCCUCCCUAGCAUACCGCCCACCGGGAGGCGGUUAGAAAUCCCAUUCACGUCCGUAGUGGCGAUGCGCGGGGACAGACUUUGCCAUGAGCAUAUUAGCUGGGAUCAGGGGACUGUACUAAUGCAACUGGGGCUGCUGCCGGAGUGGGUGGCGUUUCCGUAUAGGAUUGCGGGGGAGGAUGCGCCUGAGGGGAAGAGGUUUGAGGUUAGGGUGCCGGUUGUGGGGGGGGAGGGGGCGAGGAAACUGGGGGAUGAGGGGGCGGGGGAAAGUAAUGGGUUGAUGGGGAGGGGGUGGCGGGUUGUGGAUGAUGUUUAG